AUGACCUCUCCGUGUCAGCAUUCAUCAACAUCCUCAAUCUUAAAUUAUUUUUACUGUAGCAAAAUUGUAGAGCUUGAAGAGGAACUUCGUGUAGUUGGCAAUAAUUUGAAAUCCUUGGAAGUGAGUGAAGAAAAGGCACUGCAAAAAGAAGAUUCAUACGAAACAACGAUUCGUCAGUUGACACACAGACUCCAGGAGGCUGAAGCAAGGGCUGAAUUUGCUGAAAGAUCGGUACAGAAACUUCAAAAAGAAGUUGAUAGACUUGAAGAUGACCUUGUUCAGGAAAAAGAAAAAUACAAGACCAUCUCUGAUGAAAUGGACCAGACUUUUGCUGAACUUACUGGUUAUUGAGGAGCCUUUGUACUGUCUGUCUAUGUAUCUAUAUACAUACCUAUAUAUAUAUAUACAUACAUACAUAAAUUCCACUUUAUUUGGCACAGUUGACAAGUACAGUAACUGUAAUAUUUUUAUCUGUCUAAAAUUGCCCGAUGACCUAUUGGGCACUAAAUAUUGAUUAGCAUAUUGAUUAUUGAUUGAUUAAGUGAUUAUAAAAUUUUAUUUGAAUGAUGAUGGUGGUGUCACUAAGUAUGCCAAUAAUGCCAAAUUUUGCUACUUUGCAUACUUAAUUAAAUUCAUACAAGUAUAUAUUAUACAUAUAUUAAAAAAAAAACAAAAAUUGCCAAUUUAACAAUAUCCACAAAAGAAAAAGUCUUAACGGUUGUACAUUCAGGUAAAUGGUCUGUCUAGUAGAUGGUUUAUGGUAAUGGUGUGAUAAUACUGAAAUUUUUUUAUCGCCUACUGAUACUAACACUGCCUUUAAGGAUGCUUAGAAAUGUUUUAUGCUGGAGAUUCAUAAUGUAUGCAAAAAAAAUUUGAUUAGCCUUGUAAUUAUUACAAAGUGACUUGUGCUUGUUAGCUUACCUUUAUUAAAAGUCCAAAAAAAAAAACAAAACAAAAAAAUUAUGAUGCAGUUUUUACAUAUGUUAAGUGUGAAAAUGACUGUAUCGUUUUGAUUUAAAAUUUCUUUGUACCAUUCCUUUGUCAAUAAAUUCUUGUGUAGAGUU